UGGUCUGUAUAUUUCUCUCACCAGCUUUAAACCAUGCACAUCUGUCAGCCUCUUGGUUGAUUUCUGCAGAGAUGUUGCCAAGCCUGAUCAUCUGCGCCUGCCUGCCUGUUCUGGGCCUUCACUGUGCAGCUGACAUGUGUAACUGGUCUGGAAGCGGUCUUGCAGCUGGAGCGGAUCCCAGAAUCGUCUUGCAGGUGCGGCUCCGCUGCACAGAGGGCUACGUCAGGUGGGUCUAUCCGGGUCAGGGUCUCCGGGUGGCGCUCGAGCCCAAUCUGUCUUCUAUCCGGUACAAUACGGUCUGCAUCCAGCCUUCUCCGUCUCUAAACGGAACCAGCGUCUUCAUUGAGCGGGCCGGACACCUGAAGCUGCUGCUGAUGGGAGAGGGCGGGCGCUCGGGAAGGCAGGUGUUCUGUUUCCGGGCCGAUUGGCCGCAGAGGCCGGUCAUUUACCUGCAGACCGCUCCACACAGUCCUGGAACAUGGAGCAGGCGCACAGUGGGCUUCAGGUACGAGCUGCUGCGCAACAAGAGCGCCAACGGUGGGCUGCAGGCUUCAUGCCGACCCUGCAAUGACACAGAAUUGCUCAUGGCCGUGUGCAGCAGUGACUUUGUUGUUCGAGGCUACAUUAAGGAUGUCUUCCAUGACGCUCGACAGCAGAUUUCGCUGAUGGAAGUGUUGACGACCAGGGUUUACUGGCAACGUAGUGGAGUGUUUGAGAAACCAGGGCAUCCAUAUGUGCCGUCUCAGUCCCGGCAUGGACACAUCCGGGUGCUCUUCCAGUGCAAAGUCAAGCUUGGCGAUGGACAGUUUCUCUUCACUGGAUCAGAGCACUUUGGGGAAGCUUGGUUAGGAUGUGCGCCACGCUACAAAGACUUCCUGUCCAUCUAUCACAAGGCCAGGAUAGGACGUAAGAAUUCCUGCGACUUCCCUCUGGACUGAAGAAAUGUGUUGUUUAAGUAGCCGAAGAGACCCUGUAUCGGCACCGUGGGGACCUUGUAAAGCUGUCAUAUGCCAACAAGAUGGCAUCAAGGUUCAGCAGCAGGGAGAAGCUGCUGAAAUGAUGUAUAAAAAAACACAUGUAAUGGGGGAGAACAGCAGGGCCUCCUGAACUGAGGCUCAGAGAGGGCUGGCCUUUGUCCUCUAGCAUCGCUGCCUUUAGUCCUGGGAGACUGAGGAGGGGUUGGGUUGCUGCACUCUCUUUAAACAGUCCUUGCAUUAGCUGUUGUUCUCUUUGCAGUCUGUGAGACCAUUGCUCUAUGAUACUAGGUGGGAGAGAAAAGGAAGGUCUUCUAUUUGUCGUCAAAGCUAGGCUUUGUGAGGCUAAGCUUAGGCAUAUGGAUGCCUGUAGGAGUUUGCUUUACCCAGUUUAUAUUUAAUUUAAUUCAAGUUUUUGCACUUGUAUUUACAGGCUAAAGAUGAUUAAAAUAUGAUGGGUAAAUAUCUGAAACAGGACAGUAAUAUUCUCUGCAUGUGUGUGUCUGUAGUGGUGUAAUGAUGUUUGAUGGGUGGAAAGAUGCAGCAUUGAAGCAAAAGUCACACUGGUUGCUUUUAAAAAUGUAAAAAAAGGUUUAUACUUUGUCCUGCAAAGGAAAUUUCAUGUUAAAGUGUUUUUAAUAGACCAACAUAAUGUAAUAAUUGAGAUGGAUAAAGUCAAACAAGUAAACUUGUUUACUUUGUAGAAAUACUGUCUUCUGCAACUCCUUUAUUUCUGCAUCUCUAGAGAAGGACAUUCAGAUGGGAUGAACAGCAGUUUUUAAGACACGUGUUCAUCAUAGGAUUUAGAUCUGGACUUUGACUGGCCCAUCCUAAUACAUGGACUGGUUUUGAUGUAAAUUAUUCUAUCAUAGCUCUGACUGUAGGUUUAGGGUGAUUGUCCAGGUGGAAGGUCAAUCUCUACUCUUUCUAUUUCUAUUUCAGCCUAUAAAAAGUUACUCCUCGUUAUUGGCCCAACAUUGGCAUCUUUAAGAAAACUACACAUACGCCUUUAAAAUCUAUAUAUGUGAUGUUUGUAACUGUUUUGUAAUUAUUAAAACUGAUAUCUUAAAGGAAAAUUAUUCAUUCCCUGAAAAAAAAAAACUCCAAAUCCAUCAGAUCA